AUGAGACAAAUGUCUAUGGCUAGGGCAACAUCUGGCCCCGCUUACCCGGAGAGGUUCUACGCAGCCGCAUCUUUCGUCGGUAUCGACGGAUCUGAUUCGUCGGCGACACAAGUCAGCUCGAAAUUCUCAAAUGAUACUGCACUGAUUCUCUAUGCGUUGUAUCAGCAGGCUACUGUAGGACCAUGCAACACUCCAAAACCAAGUGCAUGGAGACCAGUGGAGCAAAGCAAGUGGAAAAGUUGGCAGGGGCUCGGAACCAUGCCCUCCAUCGAGGCAAUGCGUCUCUUUGUGAAAAUUUUGGAGGAAGAAGAUCCUGGAUGGUACUCGAGGGCAUCUAAUGAUAUUCCUGAUCCUGUCGUAGAUGUCCAAAUCAAUGGAACAAAAGAUGAGCCCGUUAUUGAAAAUGGGAACUCAUUUGGCGAGACAAAGACAAUUUCUACUGAGAAUGGACUAUUGGUAGAAACCCAAGAUAAGGAUGUAGUCUCCGAAGCCCCAACUUCUGUUUCUGUAUAUAACCAGUGGACUGCACCCCAAACAUCAGGACAGCGGCCAAAAGCUCGAUAUGAGCAUGGAGCAGCAGUUAUUCAAGAUAAGAUGUAUAUAUAUGGUGGAAAUCACAAUGGCCGUUACCUUGGUGAUCUUCAUGUUCUAGAUUUAAAAAAUUGGACUUGGUCAAGAGUUGAAACCAAGGUUGCAACUGAAUCACAGGAAACAUCAACUCCAACGUUACUAUCUCCUUGUGCUGGUCAUUCUUUGAUACCAUGGGACAACAAACUGUUGUCUAUUGGUGGUCAUACAAAGGAUCCCUCAGAAUCUAUGCAAGUGAAGGUCUUUGAUACCCAUACCUGUACAUGGUCAAUGUUAAAGACAUAUGGAAAAGCACCGGUUUCACGUGGAGGCCAUUCAGUCACGAUCGUGGGUAAAACCUUGGUGAUAUUUGGCGGUCAAGAUGCAAAGAGAUCACUUCUGAACGAUUUGCAUGUACUUGACCUAGAAACGAUGACCUGGGAUGAGAUAGAUGCCGUAGGUGUAUCUCCAUCUCCGAGGUCUGAUCAUGCUGCUGCAGUGCAUGCGGAACGUUACCUUCUUAUCUUUGGUGGGGGCUCACAUGCAACCUGUUUCGAUGAUCUGCAUGUCCUUGAUUUGCAGACCAUGGAGUGGUCAAGACCAGCACAACAAGGUGAUGCACCAACACCACGAGCUGGACAUGCUGGCGUGACAGUUGGGGAGAACUGGUUUAUUGUUGGUGGCGGUGAUAACAAGAGUGGGGCAUCUGAGAGUGUUGUACUAAACAUGUCAACUCUUGCCUGGUCGGUAGUCGCUUCAGUUGAAGGACGUGUACCUCUUGCUAGCGAGGGAUUAAGUUUAGUUGUGAGUUCAUACAAUGGUGAAGACGUACUAGUUGCUUUUGGUGGAUAUAACGGAYGUUACAACAACGAGAUUAAUCUGCUUAAACCAAGCAACAAAUCAACACUGCAAACAAAGACUCUAGAACCGCCUUUGCCAGGUAGUCUUUCUGCUGUUAAUAACGCGACAACCAGAGACAUUGAGUCAGAGGUUGAGGUGAGCCAAGAAGGCAGAGUACGGGAAAUUGUCAUGGACAAUGUUAACCCUGGAUCAAAGGUCGAAGGAAGCAACAGCGAACACAUUAUUGCGACUCUUAAAUCCGAGAAGGAAGAACUGGAGGCAUCGCUGAACAAGGAGAAGAUGCAGACUCUCCAACUAAGGCAAGAGUUAGCAGAAGGAGAAUCACGAAAUACAGAUUUGUACAAGGAACUUCAGUCUGUUCGUGGCCAACUUGCAGCCGAACAAUCAAGGUGUUUCAAACUGGAGGUUGAUGUUGCAGAGCUGAGGCAAAAGCUUCAAACAUUGGAAACACUACAAAAGGAACUCGAACUUCUUCAGCGUCAAAAGGCUGCAUCUGAACAAGCCGCAAUGAACGCUAAACGACAGAGCUCAGGUGGCGUCUGGGGCUGGCUCGCUGGAAGCCCUCAGGAGAAAGAUGAUUCGCCAUGA